CAUCUCUCCAUCACUCCUCUCUCAUCAUCCCCCAACAUGGCCUCCCCCGAAGACGACUCCUACGAGUCCAAUAGCCUAAUCACUACAAUCAAAACCACCCUCCUCACACCCCGCCGCCUCCUCCUCUCCCGCACCUCCAUGCGCGCCUACCUCCGCACCGCUCUCUUCCUCCUCGCCUCCAUCGCCCUCUUCGCCAUCGCCGUCGCCGCCUACGCCAGCUUCUACUACGCCUACGUCCCCGCGCGCGGCUUCACGCUCCCCGUGCACCUCAGCUUCGACGAGAGCUACCUCGACGCGUGGGGCCCGGCCUCUCGCCACAGCGGCGGCGUGCUCGAGAGCGUCGUUGGGAAUAAGCACGCGCCCGCGAAAUUGGUACAUCCGUCUGGGGUGGUACCGCUGGCGAAAGGGAGUGUUGCGAGCGAGCAAAAGUACGAUGUCAGCGUGACGCUGGACCUGCCGCGGUCGGAGCAGAACCUCGCGGUUGGGAACUUCAUGGUCGAGGUGGCGCUGUUGGGGCCUGGGCCGCCGACAGCGACGGGGGAGAUGCAGCUUGGGGCGCCGGUGCUGGUGCGUGAGGAGCGGGCGGCGAUGUUGACGUACAGGAGCUGGAUGGUCGAGACGGCGUGGCGGGUGACGCGGCUGCCGUGGUAUCUGGUGGGGUGGCAGGUGGAGAGCGAGCGGGUGGUUGUGCGGGUGCUGGAGGCGGCGCGAUUUGAGAAGGGGUGGCGAAGUCAGCCGGGGGGUGUGCGGGUGGAGGUGAGGAGUGGGAGGGGGAGGGUGCUGCAGGUUUAUGGGGUUAGUGUGGAGUUUAGGGCGAGGUUUGAGGGGUUGAGAUACAUCAUGUACAACCACCGCAUCAUCUCCCUCGUAGUCUUCACAACCCUCUUCUGGACCGUCGAAAUGGCCUUCCUCCUCUUCACGUGGGGCCUCUUCACGCUCUUCUUCUCUAGCUCUACUUCGCAAACACAAUCGAAGACCGAGCCCAAAAAGGAACAACAAUCCAUUAAAGCCGACCCCGAUGCCCCCUCAGAAGACGCCGAGUCGCUCUCCGACGCUUCCCGCACCUUUCCCACUUUCUCGCGCCAGCCACCGCUCCGGUACUCGACACCGCGCGUUAAAGAAGAGGAGAAUGAGGGCGCAAUGGAAGAUCUGCCGCCGCGAACGCCCGGGGAUGCGGACGAUGAAGACGAAGAUGAAGACGCAGAUUUCGUGCUAGAUGAGACACCAAUGAUGGGCGGGCCGCUGGAUGAUUCGGGCCUCGGCACAAGUAUGGAGAGUGGGGUUGAAGGAAGAGGUACCGUGAGGAGAAGAUCUGGGGGGCCGGCUAAGGACAGGGCCUAAGUAAGGAAUGGAUGGCGUAAGGUUGAUGAGAAUUAUACCCAUGUAUUGUUUUUUUGCGAGAGCUGAUAUCCAGGACGUUGUGAGUUCUACUUGAAGAGUUUCAGGAAUUCCGAUGUUGAAUCUCUUCCACUAAUUCGCCAUCGUCAUCGUUCAAUGUGCCUGAAUUUGCUUGGACUGGAUAAUCCGACCUGACCUCAACCGGUCUAUCGUGCGUAGGAAGCUCGUAGAAAAUGGCAGGAAGGCUGUUCAACUCGUGUGGAAUUUGCGAC